AUGGAUUCACACAAAGCAGCAGAAACAACGCGUCUUGACAAGAAAGCUCAAGCUCAAGCUCCGGCUGUCAAAGACGUUAUUCGCGUUGCCUCAUAUCACCGACUCGACUACGACAUAGCAGUCAUCAGAACAUCCUCUAUACACCACAACCUGAUACGCCAUUUGCUGACUCCCAAAACACAUACCAUAGACCUGAAUUCAAGUCUUGGAGUCCUGGAUAUCUUCCCUCUAGAGUUCAUCCAUGAGAUAUGCCUCAAGCUCGACAUCCAAUCCUUGUUCCGCUUCCAUCGUGUCAACCGUCGAGCUCGACAAAUCGCCAGCGCCAGUGGAUACUACAAAGCGGUAGUCAAAUACGCCGUCGAGGCCCUGUUUGUCAUCUUCAGAACCGGCAUGGCAUCUUGGUAUACACUUUCGGACUUAUAUGAUGUCCUUUGCACAAAGAAUUGUAAAGAAUGCGGUGCCUUUGGUGGCUUUAUCUUCCUUCCAUCGUUCAUGAGAUGUUGUUUCUUCUGCAUUCAGAACGACCACCUUCCUUACCUUUUGCCCACUCGUCACGUCAGACCAUUCCUGGGCUGGCGUCCGGUUCCUAUUUCAAGCCGGAUCCCUAUGAUAACGACGCUGCCUGGGGUGUACUCGUUGGAUGAAACAAAGCGAACGGGACGAUUCGAAUUUGUUUUGGAAAAGUCCGCUAAAUCGCUCUUCCCGCCUGACCGGGUUCCAAUUAUCCCCAGGCUUCAUUCGAGGGUUUACACAGAGCUACAGCGUUAUAUGGCCAGUACGGCUCUGCCUUAUUUCGACGAGGAAAAAGGUGUCAUGGAGAAGGGCGUUUCCUGCAGUGGCUGCCAGAUUUCUCUAGAGAAGGCCUUGCAGUCGUCUGGGGCAGACUAUGAUGACUGGGAUGACCGAGAUAGAAUUUAUUCGCAUGAUCAGUUCAUGGUGCAUUUUGGAAAAUGUUCAGAGGCUCGCAAGCUAUGGGAAUUGAGCAAGGGAGGCACCAUCAAGCCUGACGUCCCGGCGUUUGUUAAGAAUGGAGGCUGCGCUAGGAAGAGGUAUAUUCCUGAUCCAUUCGGCAGAAGAUAG